AUGGAGCUGUGCGCGAUGGCAGUCGAUGGCGAGGGGGAGGGUAAAUACCCACCUCAGAAGCUGGUGAAUGUUGCAGCGGAUAUGGAGAAGUUUGCAAUUUCUCAGGCCAGGUCACAAUUGCUGGCCUUGAUCAUGUCACUCUCCAAAACCGUAGCAGGAGAGGUUAUUCCUGCUGACGGCAGAGUAAACAACGCGAUUGCUCGCGAGCUUGUGGAAUUGCUGGAAAAACUAUCAGAGGUUGCAGAUUCUGUUAAGCCGUUUGAGGAAACGCAGCGGUUUGGCAACUUGGCCUUCCGGUCCUGGCACGAUCAGAUCGCCAAGGUCAUGAAGGAGCGGCUAGAUAGAUUGUCGCUGCCCAAAGAAGACGACGUACCUUUAUAUGACGAGUUUUAUCACUAUUUAUCGCAGUCAUUCGGAUCAAGGCAAAGAUUAGAUUUUGGAACAGGACACGAGCUCAAUUUCUUGGCCUUUUUCGGUGGCCUUCUUUUGAGAGACGUUGUUGGGCCAAUCAAGGGACCAGAUAUUUUGGGGGUAUUUGCAACUUACUACAAACUGUGUGGCAAGCUUAUUCUUCGCUACAACUUGGAGCCUGCCGGAUCCCACGGGGUGUGGGGGCUAGACGACCAUUUCCACCUUGUUUAUAUUCUAGGGUCAGCCCAGCUUUCCUACGGGUCCGACGACGGCCGAUUGACUCCGAAGGAUGUUUUGAACAAAGUGAUCGCCCACAAGGAAGCAUCGCAAAACCUGUAUUUCUGGGCAAUUGACUUUGUGCACACCAUGAAGCGCGGCAAUUUCUUCGAGCACUCGCCAAUGCUGUUUGACAUCUCGAACGUGGCCACCUGGACGAAAAUUCACCGAGGAAUGAUCAAAAUGUACCAAGACGAGGUUUUUGGGAAAUUCCCGGUCAUUCAACACUUAUGGUUUGGCAGAUUGUACAGUCUUAAUCCCGUCAGUAGCUAG